AUGACACAAGCUGAUCAACACGUUGUCAUGGAAAAUUUCAGGAGUGGAGAUAGCAACAUCUUAGUGGCAACUUCAGUUGCUGAAGAAGGACUAGACGUUCCUGCAUGUAAUUUUGUCAUCCGAUUUCAACAUGUUUCCAAUGAAAUUGCUACAGCCCAAACUCAAGGGCGAGCUCGGGCUGAAGAAAGUGAGGUGAUUACUAUUCUGUCAAGUGAUUCAUCGAUGUACAUGAAGGAAAUUCAAAAUUUUGAGCGCCUCGAGCUUGUCAACAAAAUUGUUAAAAACAAUUGGUUCCCAAAAGGUAAAAUACUCCAUGAGAAGCUAAGAAAGCAACAGACACUCAUAAUACGCCAAAUGAACAUAACAAAACUUUUACGUCAACAACGUCUGCCAAGUCGAUCUGGUGAUAGGGAACGAAUCAAGUUACGGUGCAGAAAGUGCAAAACAAUUGCUUGCUUUGGCUCAGACAUAUAUACAGCUGAAGGCUCAUCACAUCACGUUGUUCCAGGUGAAGAAAUAAAAGAUAAACUGGUCAAGAAACCACAUCACAAGCCUGGCAAACUUGAUGAAAAUGUGAUCAAAACACACAAAAUUCACUGCAAAGUUUGUGAUGCUGACUGGGGAAUAAUGUGCAUUUGGCCAGUAGAAGGGUUUGAGUUUCCAGUCUUGAAAUGUAAAAGCUUUGUGUUUCAACAUGAAACCACAGGUAGCUUGUUCCCUGUUGCACAAUGGUCCAGAGCCCCAUUUGAGCCAUUGCCACUCGACGUAUGGAUUGCUGAGCAUUUUCCGAGCCCCGAUUCCGACACUGACUUUCUGAUUUAAUACGUAUAUAAUAUAGGUAUUUAAUAGUUGCUAGUGACAGACAAUUAAUGUUUUUUUAACUAGAAUUUUGUUAACUACUAUUUAGAGGUAGACUCUAAUAAUUAUAUUGCACAGUUUGUGUGUUUUAAAAGUACAAUAAUUUUAAUGAGAUCCAUGAUUUAAUUUGUGUUCUGGGAAUCAGG